ACGAGGCGUGGUGAUGUAUCGUCUUACCACAGAUGCUGCAUUGGUGGAAGUAUCAAACGGCGGCGAUCCGGUCCAGGCCAUGGGGGGAACUGAUGCCAUGGUCUGAAACGUGAGAUUGAGAGAGCGAGUGAGGUGCCCACUCAACGCUCCAACAGGGGCGUGUGAGAGGACAGCAGCCAUGCCACCCCACUCUGACAUCGUCAAGGUGGCCAUCGAGUGGCCCGGCGCCAACGCCCAGCUCAUCGAGAUUGACCAGAAGAAGCCUCUGUCCUCUAUCAUACGGGAGGUGUGUGAUGGCUGGUCUCUGUCUGGCUCUGAGCAGUUUGCCCUGCGUUACGCUGACGGUCCUCAGCUCUACAUCACUGAACAGAGCCGUAGUGAAAUGAAGAAUGGGACCAUCCUUCGAUUAGCCAUAUCUCCCGCCCGUGCAGCACGGCAGCUCCUGGACAGGAUCCAGUCUCAUGGCAUAGAUGCCCGCUUGGAGGCCCUGAAGGAGCUGGCCAAGCUGUCAGCUGACCCCACCUUUGCCACAGAGUUCAUCAACAUGGAGGGCAUCGCGACCCUGGCGCGCCUGGUGGAGAGCGGCACCCACUUUGGAGAGAUGCUGGCCUUCACUCUCACUGCCUUCCUGGAGCUGAUGGACCAUGGAAUAGUGUCCUGGGACCUCAUCUCUCUGUCUUUCAUCAAACAGAUUGCGGGCUAUGUGAACCAGCCGAUGGUGGAUGUGUCAAUCCUGCAGCGCUCUCUGGCCAUCCUGGAGAGCAUGGUCCUCAACAGCCACAACCUCUACCACCGGGUGGCGCAGGAUAUCACUGUUGGACAGCUCAUCGGACACCUGCAAGUAUCCAAUCAGGAGAUCCAGACGUAUGCCAUCGCACUCAUCAACGCCCUCUUCCUCAAGGCACCGGAGGAUAGACGGCAGGAAGAGCAUAAUAACCCCCUGGACCAGCGGCUCACUGAGAUGGCGAGCACCCUUGCCCAGAAACACCUACGAUCCAUCAUCCUCAAUCACGUUAUCCGAGGCAACAGACCAAUCAAAGCCGAGAUGGCGCACCAGCUCUACGUGCUGCAGGUACUGACCUUUAACCUUCUGGAGGAACGCAUGAUGACCAAGAUGGAUCCCAGCGACCAGGCCCAGAGGGACAUCAUUUUCGAGUUGCGCAGGAUUGCGUUUGACGGGGAGAACGACCCCAGUGGCACGGAGAAGAGAAAGGCUAUGUACACCAAGGACUACAAGAUGCUGGGCUUCACUAACCAUGUGAACCCUGCCAUGGACUUCACGCAGACCCCUCCAGGGAUGCUGGCCCUGGACAACAUGCUCUACCUGGCCAAGCUGCACCAGGACACCUAUAUCAGGAUUGUUCUGGAGAACAGCAGCCGCGAGGACAAACACGAGUGUCCUUUUGGUCGCUGUGCCAUCGAGCUCACUCGUAUGCUGUGUGAGAUACUACAAGUGGGAGAAUUGCCCAACGAGGGCUGCAACGACUACCACCCCAUGUUCUUUACUCACGACCGGGCGUGGGAGGAGUUCUUCUGCGUCUGCAUCCAACUGCUCAACAAGACCUGGAAGGAGAUGAGGGCCACGGCUGAGGACUUCAACAAGGUGAUGCAGGUGGUUCGGGAGCAGAUCACCCGGGCUCUGGCCAUGAAGCCCUCGUCCCUGGACCAUCUGAAGGGUAAACUGCGAGGCCUCAGCUACUCUGAGAUCCUGCGUCUGCGCCAGUCGGAGAGGAUGAGCCAGGACGACUUCCAGUCACCACCCAUUAUUGAGCUACGCGAGAGGAUUCAGCCAGAGAUCCUGGAGCUGAUCAAGCAGCAGAGGCUCAACCGCCUGUGUGAGGGAAGCUGCUUCCGCAAGCUGGGCAACCGCCGCAGACAAGAGAAGUUCUGGUUCUGCCGCCUGUCUCUGAACCACAAGGUGCUGCACUAUGGAGAUCUGGACGAGUCUCCCCAGGGGGAAGUGCCCCUUGAGCUGCUCACCGACAAGAUCCCCGUGUCUGAUAUCAAGUCUGUGGUGACGGGGAAGGACUGCCCCCACAUGAAGGAGAAGAGUGCACUGAAACAAAACAAGGAGGUUUUAGAGCUGGCCUUCUCUGUCCUGUACGAUCCUGAUGAGAACCUCAACUUUGUGGCCCCCAACAAAUAUGAGUACUGUGUCUGGACUGAUGGGUUGUGUGCGUUGCUGGGCCGAGAGAUGGGCAGUGACCUCACCCGCAGCGACCUGGACACGCUCAUCUCCAUGGAGAUGAAGCUCCGCCUCCUGGACCUGGAGAACAUCGCCAUACCCGAAGCCCCUCCCCCUGUUCCAAAAGAGCCCAGCACUUACAACUUCACCUACAACUACGGCUGAGGGGUGUGUGUAAGGCCGGUUUGUGUGAGAGAGCUGGGCCGUAUUUGUGUCGGUGUGUGUGGGGCACGGUUGCGUGUGUGUAUUUGUGUGUAAUAAGACGAAGGAAACCACUCAUCCCCCCUAGCCACUUAAUCUUGAAAUCAACAUCACUUGUCUGAUACUCUGAAAUCCAACUGCCCACAAAUAAUCCAGGCAGGCUACGUAACACUAGACAACAAAAUGUUCCAUUGUAUUUAAAAAAAAUAAUAAUCACCGUUAUGGUACAUGCUUGAUACGAACCUGAAAGUUAAUAUUUUGUUUCAUAAUUCAUCACUUCAUGGCCGUACCAACUGUUUUUGUUAAAUAAGCUCUGUGUUUUGAACAGUUACAGCUGAGCUCCAAUAUUGCUUCAUGCAUCGUCAUAACAAUAGAACCAGAUCUGUUUGAACUGACACAUCACGGCCCAGGGUCUUUUCCAAGGUGUUGUAUUCAAGCCACUCCCCGUGUCUGCUCAUCCUCUAAUUCAGUACUAAUCAAUAUUAUUGAUGUUUGUUAUGCAGAAUCUGAUUAUAUUUUUGUAAAUGACUGUGAACUCAGACUCAGCUUUGAAGAGAAGGAACAUUAACGUGGUUUAGGGCACAAAAGAUUGAGCUAGGUAUUAAACUGACAGAGGUAUCAGAGAAAGCAGUAAGCCAUUUGAUGGCUUAUCACAUAUUUGUCUUCUAUAAUUAUUAUACUUUGCACAGUCAGACUCAGUUGCCAAAUGGUGAUCUGUAUGUGGAGACAUUUAACACUAAACAAAAUGGACCUUUCACCACGCAAACACUCAGUCACAUAUUCUCUGGAAUUAUUAGGUUAGGAGAUGGCCAAAAUGCCUCGUAACAUGAAUCCUCAAUGGUCAAGGUGUCAAAUAUUGAAUAAUGUGUUUUUGUUGUAUCUUGCACUGCUGAUGAAAGUAACAAGAAAUGUGCUCAGUAUAUGCUAUUGGAGUUUGGUUACACUGUACGUAAAUGAAUAGGAUUCAGUGGUCUUGUAUUGCAAGUUAUUUGUAAAAGGGUUCUGAUAUUUGAUGUCCCAUUGUUCAUAGUACACAAUCUAAAAGGGAUGUUAUGUCAAAGACAUCACUGUCAAAAGCUUGUAGCUGCUUAAAGAAUUCUACAAAAUGCCACAUUGAACAAAGUCGGCUUGCUAAUGGACACCCCAACAGUAUGGAGACUUCUGAAGAGGCUUAAGCAUUAGGUACACUUUAACAUGACAUGCUAAACCAUGACUGUGUUCAGGCUAGUGCUGUUAGUGAAUGACAUGUUAGUCAUGAAAUACAUUUACAGUUGAAGUCGGAAGUUUACAUACACUUAGGUUGGAAUCAUUAAAACUCGUUUUUCAACCACACCACAAAUUUCUUGUUAACAAACUAUAGUUUUGGCAAGUCAGUUAGGACCUACUUUAUGCAUGACACAGGUCAUUUUUCCAACAAUUGUUUACAGACAGAUUAUUUCACUUGUAAUUCACUGUAUCACAAAUCCAGUGGGUCAGAAUUCUACAUACACUAAGUUGACUGUGCCUUUGAACAGCUUGGAAAAUUCCAGAAAAUGAUGUCAUGGCUUUAGAAGCUUCUGAUAGGGUAAUUGACAUAAUUUGAGUCAAUUGGAGGUGUACCUGUGGGUGUAUUUCAAGGUCUACCUUCAAACUCAGGGCCUCUCUGCUUGACAUCAUGGGGAAAUCAAAACAAUUCAGCCAAGACCUCAGAAAAAAAAAUGGUAGACAAUUUCCAAACGCCUGAAGGUACCACGUUCAUCUGCACAAACAAUAGUACACAAGUAUAAACACCAUGGGACCAUGCAGCCGUCAUACCGCUCAGGAGGGAGACGUGUUCGAUCUCCUAGAGAUUAACGUACUUUAGUGCAAGAAGUGCAAAUCAAUCCCAGAACAACAGCAAAGGACCUUGUGAAGAUGCUUGAGGAAACCAGUACAAAAGUAUCUACAUCCACAGUAAAACGAGUCCUAUAUUGACAUAACCUGAAAGGCCGCUCAGCAAGGAAGAAGCCACUGCUCCAAAACCUCCAUAAAACAGCCAGACUACGGUUUGCAACUGCACAUGGGGACAAAGAUUGUACUUUUUGGAGAAAUGUCCUCUGGUCUGAUUAAACAAAAAUGGAACUGUUGGCAAUAAUGACCAUUGUUAUGUUUGGAAGAAAAAGGGGGAUGCUUGCAAGCCGAAGAACACCAUCCCAACCGUGAAGCGCGGGGGUGGGAGCAUCAUGUUGUGGGGGUGCUUUGCUGCAAGAGGGACUGGUGCACUUCACAAAAUAGAUGGCAUCAUGAGGAAGGACAAUUACGUGGAUAUAUUGAAGCGUUAGUUAGACAUUAGUUAGGAAGUUAAAGCUUGGUCGCAAAUGGGUCUUCCAAAUGGACAAUGACCCCAAGCAUACUUCCAAAGUUGUGGCAAAAUGGCUUAAGGACAACAGAGUCAAGGUAUUGGAGUAGCCAUCACAAAGCCAUGACCUCAAUCCUAUAGAAAAUGUGUGGGCAGAACUGAAAAAGCGUGUUGCGAGCAAGGAGGCCUACAAACCUGACUCCGUUACACCAGCUCUGUCAGGUGAAUUUUGGCCCAUUCCUGCUAACUUAUUGUGGGAAGCUACCUGAAAUGUUUGACCCAAGUUAAACAAUUUAAAGGCAAUGCUACCAAAUACUAAUUGAGUGUAUGUAAACUUCUGACCCACUUGGAAUGUGAUGAAAGAAAUAAAAGCUUAAAUAAAUCAUUCUCUCUACUAUUAUUAUGACAUUUCACAAUCUUAAAAUAAAGUGGUGAUCCUAACUGACCUAAGACAGGGAAUUUUUACUAGGAUUAAAUGUCAGGAAUUUUGAGUUUAAAUGUAUUUGGCUAAGGUGUAUGUAAACUUCCGACUUCAACUGUACGUAUGGUAUUCAUAUAUAAAUCAUUGUCUGUAUAUAUUGUUGCCUUACUAAAAAAGUGUUUUGUGUGAAUAAAUAUGUUAGACUCGUA